AUGGCGAUACAAAUCUCUCUUCUUGUGUAUAAAGGUAUCCCAGUAGAUUUUUCCAAAUACCGACACACAGCACUGCACGCCCUCUACCCCGACGGCAAAUACGAUUGGCUCCAUGUUGCCGGCGCACACCCUUUCUUUAAAUUUCAAAGGGACCCCGAGAACCCCAUGUCUGAGUCACCAAUAGCUUGGAUUCCAGUAUGUACGGCGCCGGACUCAGUCACCAAGGCAAAGAUCAUUCUUGCGUGUGCUAGUACGUCGGUACGCAACAGCAAUAGCGACCGAGACUGGAACUGUCAGAACUGGGUUGGAGAGGCUCUGACUGAGCUCGUUAAAAUUGGCUGUUUGACCAAAGAACAGCGCGGAGCGGCGAUUGGUAAAAUGGUGGAGACUAUCUUAGAAGCGGAACUGGAAGACGAUGGGGUCUAUUGA